AUGCCUUUAACUCGCUCUAAAAAAACUACGAAAGUUGCCACUAAGAAGAAAUCUAAUCGAACAAAAAAGAACACUUCAAAAUCAACUCGAACGGAUCGUGAUACUUCCAGUUCUGAAGGUUCAGACACUCAUGGAAACCCAGACGCAGAUGAUCAAGAUGGCCUCCGUAACCAAGAUGAUUCUGCGCCAGGACCUACGCAAAGCAAAGCGAAGAACGGUAUGGGUUCAAAGACAGUCAAGGCGAAUCCUUGGAUCCGAUCCGAUGCGGUAAUUUGGGUAUGGCUCAAGGACAUCAAGAAUAACCUCUUUGUUAUUGAAGCAAAACCUAAUGAUAAUAGUCAAAUCAACCCAACAGAGCAGGAUGGAACACAGCCACAAACAAGUUCUAUGCCGAUUCAAUCCAAACAAAAGAAGAAGAAAACGACUGAUCAACAACAAACUAGAGAUGUCACUCGAAAGAGGCCAAAGCUUGGCGCUGGUCCAAGUUCUCACCGACAUGUUCAAAAACAAAACAGCCGCGAAGGAAGUACUACAACUUUGGAAGAGGAAGAAGAUUUAGACUAUCAAAACAAGCAACAUGAUUCGGACGAUUCAGACGAUUCCAACGAUUUGGACAAUGUGGGUACAAUUUCACCACUUUGCAUCUAUCUUUGA